CACCAGGAACUGGAAAAUCCUUCGUAGGUGUGAUACUUGUCCGUCUUUUAUUAUCAAUGUGUGUUCCAAAAACGUUUGGACCUAUCUUGGUUGUCACCUAUAAGAACAAUGCUUUAGACCAUUUCCUGGAGAUGUGCUUAGAUUCAUCACCUAGUAUUGUUCGUGUUGGAGGACAGUCAAGUUCAAAUAAAUUGAGAGACCGCUUAUUGUCAAAGGUGGGCAGGGUGUGGCCAGAACCUCUAAACACGCAAAAAACAAAGCUGAAAGUGCAACUAGAGAAAAUACAAGAUCAAGUGAAGGAGGCUUACGAUAAAGUUAAACGUUCCAGUGUUUUCAAUGCAAAGAUUUUCUUGGAGGUAUUUGCAGUUAAUGUGUAAUACACUGUUCUUGUGAAUCGUGGAGAUAGCCCCUCAGUCACACGUCUUAGUAUUAUGUGUGACAACUUCCAUUAAUUCCCGCAUUGUUAUUUCAGUGUAACCACUUUGUUUAGACAGUACUUUCAUCAAUAAUAUGAGCCUGUCUCUGAGUGCCUUUACAAUGAACACCAGGUCUCGUUGGAUUGAGGGUCGUGUUUGGUAUCUCCUUCUCAAACUCAUUAAUAAUUGAUCAAGUUAAAACAAAGAAAAUCACAACCGUG